UUAGCUAACGAGGGUCCGUUUAAAAUGCUUUGGCCAAUGCUUGUUUUUGUGAUGUUAUGAUUUUUUUGCUGCGGAUGGUUGUGGAGGUAGGAGAAGGCUACCCAGGGGCUAAUACCACUAGUCUGACAAGCACAAAGGAUAUUGACUUCAGUAUAUAUUUCCGAUAAACACGGAAUCAUACAUAGGCUAAUUGUUUGAGAACAACUACGUACCGCUAAUGAUACCAUUUUUUUAAUAACAUCUGGCAGCCUGUGAAGAGAUACCUCGCAGUGCGAGAGGGUGCGAGCGCGCCUCCCGGCGGGGGUGGGGUGUCUCCUUAUGCAUAAUUCAUAGCGCUCGGGGGUGUCCGGGAGAGGCGAGCGCUGACAUUCAGAGCAGGUGAUCGCACCCAUAUAGAAGCUUCUGUAGCACACAUUAUCCACGGGAUCGCCUCUGAGGGACAGUGGUGUUAGGACGCAGCCAUGGACACCACCACCUCCAUAAAGAUGACCACUCUGGCCAUCCAGAACCUCUUCAGCUAUGUGGAGGAGGAGAAUCUGGCCGCCGUCAAGACACACCUGGACAAGUUCAAAGAGGUGGACGGCAGGAGCGAUAACGGACAGACUCCCCUGAUGCUGGCUGCAGAGCAGGGAAGCCUGGAGAUCGUGCAGGAGCUGAUCAGGAGAGGUGCAAACGUCAAUCUGGACGAUGUGGACUGCUGGACAGCUCUGAUCUCGGCCUCGAAGGAGGGCCACGUGGAGGUGGUGAAGGAGCUGCUGGAGAACAGCGCCUACAUCGAGCACAGGGACAUGGGGGGGUGGACAGCGCUCAUGUGGGCAGCGUAUAAGGGCAGGGUGGAGACGGCCUCGGUCCUGCUGGAGAAAGGAGCCAAUCCCAACACCACUGGGCAGCAAUACAGCGUGUACCCCAUCAUUUGGGCCGCUGGCAGAGGCCAUGCUGAGAUCGUCCGGCUCCUGCUGCAGCAUGGGGCCAAAGUCAACUGCUCUGACAAGUAUGGCACCACCCCGCUGAUCUGGGCAGCCAGGAAGGGCCACUAUGACUGUGUGAUGCACCUGCUGGAGAACGGCGCAGACGUUGACCAGGAGGGGGCGAACUCGAUGACGGCGCUGAUCGUGGCGGUGAAGGGCGGCUUCACCGACGUGGUGAAGGAGCUGCUGAAGCGGAACCCCAAUGUCAACAUGACCGACAAGGACGGGAACACGGCGCUGAUGAUCGCCGCCAAAGAGGGCCACACCGAGAUCGUGCAAGACCUGCUGGACGCCGGCACCUACGUCAACAUCCCCGACCGGAGCGGGGACACCGUGCUGAUCGGGGCGGUGCGGGGGGGCCAUGUGGAGAUUGUCCGCGCCCUGCUGCACAAAUACGCCGACAUCGACAUCCGGGGGCAGGACAAUAAGACGGCUCUGUACUGGGCGGUGGAGAAGGGCAACGCCACCAUGGUCAGAGAUAUCCUGCAGUGCAACCCUGACACUGAGACCUGCACCAAGGACUCGGAGACCCCUCUCAUCAAGGCCACUAAGAUGAGGAACAUUGAGAUUGUGGAGCUGCUGCUGGACAAAGGGGCCAAGGUUUCCGCUGUGGACAAGAAAGGGGACACGCCCCUCCAUAUCGCCAUCCGGGGGCGGAGCCGCAAGCUGGCGGAGCUCCUCCUCCGCAACCCCAAAGAUGGCCGCCUGCUGUACCGCCCCAACAAGGCGGGCGAGACGCCCUACAACAUCGACUGCAGUCAUCAGAAGAGCAUCCUCACGCAGAUCUUUGGAGCCAGACACCUGUCCCCCACGGAGUCGGACGGGGACAUGCUGGGGUACGACCUGUACAGCAGCGCCCUGGCGGACAUCCUGAGCGAGCCCACCAUGCAGCCGCCCAUCUGUGUGGGGCUGUACGCCCAGUGGGGCAGCGGCAAGUCCUUCCUGCUCAAGAAGCUGGAGGAUGAGAUGAAGACGUUCGCUGGCCAGCAGGUGGAGCCGCUGUUCCAGUUCUCCUGGCUGGUGGUGUUCCUGUCGCUGCUGCUGUGUGGCUCGGUGGCGCUGGUUCUGGGCUUCACUGUGGACCCGAAGCUGGCCAUCGCCGUGUCCCUGAGCCUGCUGGCCCUGCUCUAUGUCUUCUUCGUGGUGGUGUACUUUGGUGGGCGUCGGGAGGGCGAGAGCUGGAACUGGGCGUGGGUCAUCAGCACCCGCCUGGCCCGACACAUCGGAUACCUGGAGCUGCUGCUCAAACUGAUGUUCGUCAACCCCCCUGAGCUUCCGGAACAGACCACCCGCGCCCUGCCGGUCAGGUUCCUGUUCACAGACUAUAACCGCCUAUCCAGCGUCGGGGGUGAGACGUCCAUGGCCGAGAUGAUCGCCACGCUCUCGGACGCCUGCGAGAGGGAGUUCGGCUUCAUGGCCACCCGGCUCUUCCGCGUCUUCAAGACAGAGGAGACACAAGGGAAGAAGAAGUGGAAGAAGACGUGUUGCGUGCCCUCCUUCGUCAUCUUCGUCUUCAUCCUGGGCUGCCUGAUCACGGGCAUGACCCUGCUGGCCGUCUUCAAGGUGGACGGGCGCAACCGGACGGUGAACGCGGUUCUGAUCGCCAUGGCGAGUGUGGUGGGCCUGGCGCUGCUCCUGAACUGCCGCACCUGGUGGCAGGUGCUGGACUCGGUGCUCAACUCUCAGAGGAAGAGGCUGCACAGCGCAGCCAAUAAGAUGCACAAACUGAAGAGCGAGGGGUUCAUGAAGGUGCUGAAGUGUGAGGUGGAGCUGAUGGCUAAGAUGGCAAAGACCAUCGACGGCUUCACCCAGAACCAGACGCGCCUGGUGGUGAUCAUCGAUGGGCUGGACUCCUGUGAGCAGGACAAGGUGCUGCAGAUGCUGGAUACGGUGAGGGUACUGUUCUCCAAAGGCCCUUUCAUCGCCAUCUUCGCCAGUGACCCCCACAUCAUCAUCAAGGCCAUCAACCAGAACCUGAACAGUGUGCUGCGCGACUCCAACAUCAACGGGCAUGACUACAUGCGCAACAUCGUGCAUCUGCCCGUCUUCCUCAACAGCAGAGGCCUGAGCAGCGCCCGCAAGAUGUGCGCCCCCGCCCCCGCCCCCACGCCCGCGCCCGCCAACGGGGACGUGGCCAACUCCGAGGGGUGGCAUGAAGAUUUGGACAGGAAGCUCUCCCAGCACAGCCUCGGGGAGCUGACCAAGUUCGGCAGCAAGACCGCGCUCAACCGACGGGACACGUACCGCCGCAGACAGAUGCAGAGGACGGUGACGAGGCAGAUGUCCUUCGACCUGUCCAAGCUGCUGGUCACCGAGGACUGGUUCAGUGACAUCAGCCCCCAGACCAUGCGCAGGCUGUUGAACAUCGUGUCUGUCACAGGCCGACUGCUGAGGGCCAAUCAGAUCACGUUUAACUGGGACCGCCUGGCGUCCUGGAUCAACCUGACGGAGCAGUGGCCGUACAGGACGUCCUGGCUGAUUCUGUUCCUGGAGGAGACAGACGGAAUCCCCGACCAGGCCACACUCAAGACCAUCUACGAAAGGAUAUCGAAGAACAUCCCGACCACCAAAGACGUGGAGCCGCUGCUGGAGAUAGACGGGGACGUGCGCAGUUUCGAGGUCUUCCUGUCCUCCCGGACCCCUGUCCUCGCGGCGCGGGAUAUCAAGACCUUCCUGCCCUGCACCGUCAACCUGGACCCCAAACUGCGCGAGAUCAUCGCUGAUGUGCGUGCGGCCAGAGAGCAGGUGCACAUUGGAGGUGUGACCUAUCCCACGCUGCCUCUGCAGGAAGCCCCGCCCCGCGCCCCCUCGGUCUUCAGCCAGCACUCCUCGGCCUGCUCGCCCACCGCCUCCUUCACCGGCCCCUUCAACCCCCCGGGAGUGGUGUCGCCCCAACCCCCAAGCAGCUACUACAGCGGCAUGACGGGUCCACAGCACCCCUUCUACAACAGGCCAUACUUUCCCCACCAUGUUUAUCAGCUGCCAAAGCAGUAUGUUGGCAUCGCCCAUCAUGCCCUGCCACGCCCAUCCUUUAAAACCGCGUUUCCCAGGGAUCCCAGCAGUGCACUCUUUAAGUUACAGUCUCUCAAAGCAAAGCAGGGCUCGGCCUCGGUGGUGUCGGGAUCUGUGAGCACGCUGCUGAGCUCCAUGAACACAGACGGGGUGUGUGAGCGCGUGCGGCAGAUCGACGGAAUCGACCCCAGCAUGCUGGCGCAGUACACCGCCACCAUCAAGAAGGCCAAUGUCAACGGCAGGGUCCUGUCCCAGUGCAACCUGGACGAGCUGAAGAAGGAGAUGAACAUGAACUUCGGAGACUGGCAGCUGUUCCGUGGAGCGGUGAUGGAGCUGCGGCACAUGGAGAGCCAGGUUCUGCAGGAGGGGACGGGCAGCGAGCAGGGCAGCAGCGUCAUGGGCCACGUGGAGCCGGCCCGGCGUCCCGCCGCGGGGUCACACGAGCACCCCGACACCUCCCCCAUGUACAACUUCAACCUCAGCUUCGAGGAGCUCAGCAACGUGGGCCUGGAUGAGCCAGCGAGACACAGCAACCCCCCCUGGGCAGUGAGCACCCACCGGACACCCAGCAUGUCCAGCCUGAACUCCCAGGAGUCCUCCAACGACAUCUGCAAGCUGACGGACAAGCAGCAGGCUGAGUACCGCAACGCCUACCAGGAGUACAUCGCUCAGAUGGCCCAGCUGGAGGGAGCGGGCAACGUGGGGGAGAAACCCACGCAGCCCCAUCCGGGCCAGUUCAUGCACUCCGCCCCCGACGACAAGCCCAAAGAGGGGGCGGAGCUGGACGGCCGCAAGCCGUUCGCCAAGAGAGGGGGCGGGAAGUCCGCGGACCCGCCUGACUACACCCCGUCUGCCGGGACCACCAACGACGCCGCGCCACUCGACCCCAUCACCGAGGAGGACGAGAAGCCCGACCACGGCACCUCCAAAUCGCUGCUGAGCCGCAAGGGCUCGGGGGAGAGGGGCGGCCUCUUCCAAGGAGCCGACCUCAAGCUGAAGGGCUCCGGUCUGCGCUACCAGAAGCUGACCAGCGACGACGACGAGUCCGAGGAGUCUGACAACGCCCCGCUGCUGGCCGAUGGGAAGAAGGCCGACCCCAAGGCCGGCGACGCCGCGCGGCCCCUGGCCAAGGGGAAGGAGUACCUGUCGGACGCCAUGCUGGAUAAGAAGGACUCGUCCGACUCCGGGGUGCGGUCCAGUGAGAGCUCGCCCAACCACUCGCUGCAGGACGAGGAAGCUGACCUGUCCCAGCUGGAGAGGGCCAACCUGAUCGAGCUGGACGAGGAGAGCCUGGCGAGGAAGAGGGGUCUGAGCCUGCCGCACAGCCUGAGCGGCCUGCAGGACCCCACCAUCGCACGCAUGUCCAUCUGCUCAGAGGACCAGUGCAGCCUGCUGGCCAGCAGCCCCGAGGAGAGCUGGCCCUCCUCCAAAACCUAUAACCUGAACCGCACGCCCAGCAACACCACCCUCAACAACAACUCCAACGCCCUGCCCGGCAACCAGCGCGGCCAGCCGCCCGAGGGCCCCACCUCCUCCUCCGACGUCAUCGUCCCCCCCGCCCCCGGCACCAACCCCACGGCGCCCCCUGUUGACAACGUACGGGUGGUGCACCUGAAGAGGAGCAUGAACCCCGGAGAGGCGCCCGAGAUCCACAUCGUCUCGUCCUCCGACACGGUGGCCUUCGGGGAGGAGCGUGAGAGCAUCCUGUGAAGCCCCCACCGUCGCCACGGUGACGCCUGGAGGGCCAAUGCCUACCUGCAUGCGUAGUCGAAUAAACAGAUAGAUGAAGAAAAAAACCUGCAUGUUUGUCAUUUCCACACCAAAACCAUUAUUGCUGAACACUAAGGUAGUAUGGUGAUGCAUGUGUUAGAGCUAACAGUGUUUUCAGUGCAGGGUGAUGGAUUACCCUCUGUGCUUAUCAGGAAAAGGCCACACCUGUGGCUGGUUGAAGGUAACUGACAGAAUCACUGAGCUAGGCCAAGAUUGUUAAGGUUAGACAACAGAAACACAUCCAUAAAAAGCAUGUGUAGGAAAGCACUUCAUUUAGACUAAUGGUAGCUGCUGUAAUGAGAUGUGUUGGCUUCUGUCUGCUGAUGUCUCUACUGUGAAGUAGUAGUUAAGGAAAAUUGUGGUGUGGCUAACGUUAAAUGAAGCGUAGUUUAUAAUCAGAGUAAAAACGUCCUUUAAGUUUGCAUGUGUAGUGUGUCAUGUACAGU